UUGAUGUCACUUUACUAAAGUGAAACUGAAGUUGCUAGACGUGCUGUAUGUUGCACACAUGAAUACACUAUUUCAAACUCUUCAGAAAUCUCUCUUAAACAGCUACACAGUCUCCGUUGUUUUUUAAAACUACCGUAUAUACUAGAGAAAAAUCUGAAAACACGCCCUCAGAAUUUUACACAGACACAGAUAUGGCUUCCUCCAGCAGUCUCCUGUCUGAAGAGCAGUUCCUGUGUUCUAUCUGUCUGGAUGUGUUCACUGAGCCAGUCACCACUUCAUGUGGACACAACUUCUGCAUGGCCUGUAUCACAAAGUACUGGGAUAGCAGGGACCUGUACCAAUGUCCACUGUGUAAGGAGACGCUCUACAGACAACCUGAGCUUCGUGUCAACACAACGUUAAGAGAGGUUGUAGAGAAUUUUAAGAUGAGAGGCAGAGGUAAAGACGAAUCCCCUCCCAAACCUGGAAAAGUGCCCUGUGACGCCUGCACUGGGAAGAAGCUCAGUGCCAUGAAGUCUUGCCUGGUGUGUCUGGCCUCUUACUGUGAGACUCACCUGGAGCCUCAUCAGAUUGCCCCAGCCUUCAAGAGACACAAACUGAUCAACCCUGUGGAGAACCUGGAAGACAGGAUCUGUAAGAAGCAUGACAGACUCCUGGAGCUGUUCUGUAGGACUGACCAGACAUGUGUGUGUCAGUUCUGCACUGAGGCAGACCACAAGACUCAUGACAUUGUCUCUAUAGAGGAAGAGUGUGGAGAGAGGAAGGCUCAGCUGGCGAAAACUGAGGCAGAAGUGCAGCUGAUUAUCCAGGAACGAAUGCAGAAGGUUAAAGAGAUCAAACUCUCAGUAGAUCUCAGCAAGAGAGAUGCAGAGAGGGAGAUCGCAGACAGCAUACAGGUCUUCACUGCUCUGGUGCGCUCAAUUGAAAAAAGCCAGGUUGAGCUUGUUAAGGUGAUUGAGGAGAGACAGAAAGCAGUAGAGAGGCAGGUUGAAGGGCUCAUUAAAGAUCUGGAGCAGGAAAUCACUGAGCUAAAGAGGAGAAGCACUGAUCUGAAGCAGCUCUCACACACUGAGGACCACCUCCAUCUUCUCCAGAACUACCCAUCACUAGUGUACAAACAUCCACCCACCAAGAACAUGUCUGAGAUCAGUGUUCACAGUGAUCUGUGUGUGGGGACUGUGAGGAGAGCUGUGUCUCAGCUGGAAGAGACACUGAAUAAAGAGAUGGAGAAGCUGCCUGAAGUCAAACUGAAGAGGAUUCAGCAGUAUGCAGUGGAUGUGACUCUGGACCCUGAUACAGCACAUCACAAACUCAUCCUGUCUGAAGAUGGGAAACAAGUAAGACACGGAGACAUGGAGCUGAAUCUUCCUGACAUUCAAAGGUUUGAUCAGCAUUGCAUUGUCCUUGGAAAGGAUGGCUUCUCCUCAGGGAAAUUUUACUAUGAGGUGAUUGUUAAGGGUAAGACUAGGUGGACUUUAGGAGUGGCCAGAGAGUCCAUAGACAGGAAAGGGCAAAUCACACUGACACCUGAAGAUGGACUCUGUGUUGUGUACCGAAGGAAUGUAAAUGUGUACAAAGCCAGAACUCCCCCUGUCCUCCUCUCCCUGAGAAAGAAUCCCCAGAAGGUUGGGGUGUUUGUGGAUUAUGAGGAAGGUCUGAUCUCCUUUUAUGAUGUGGAGGCCAGGUCUCAUAUCUACUCUUACACUGGCUACACCUUUACAGAGAAACUCUUUCCAUUCUUUGGCCCCUCUGAAAAAGAUGAAAACUCAGCCCCUCUCAUCAUCUCUCAUGUCAAUCACACAGGCUGAAUCAAUGAUGGAAAGGGAACAGAUAAUUAACUAAUUACAUUCACAAAUCAUUGAAUAUAUCAGUUUAGAAAUGAUCAUAUUUAGCCAGCCGACAUGACACAUGAUUGGAAUUUCCAUGGAUGUCCUCUGUAAUCUCAUUAUCAAAUGAACAUGUAAACUUCUUUACUCUGUUAGGGACAGAUUGAAUAUUACUGGAGAGGGGUGGUCCAAAAUAUGGGAGCUUUGUCAAACCUUUUUCAUUGCUUUGGUUGUGUGGGUUUUUGGGGGUUACAGGGGGAGGGUAGUGUGUUUUUUCCCGGAUUUACAUUCACCAUUCUGCUCGUAUUUUCCAUACAAACAAUGGCUUGACUUACUUUUGGUAUUACCCUAAUAAAGUUUAGAAACGUUUAGGAAG